GGGGGCUAUGCUGGCCAUGCCGCAGGCUUCCGGAUGGCCUCUCUCCUCAGACUGGCAGACACCAAGGCCAACAAGCCAGGCAUGGACCUGCUGCACUUCGUGGCCAUGGAGGCUGAGCGGAAGGACAGGAGUCUGCUGGAUUUCCCGAGCAAACUGGAGCACGUGGGGCUGGCGUCACGGAUCCAGGAGCAGGAGGUGGCGUUGGAGCUGCAGGGCCUGGGGGAGCGCCUGGCGGGGGCCCGCGGCAGCCUGACGGAGCUGGGCCCGGAGCAGCUGGAGCCCUUCCUGCAGCUGGCGCAGGCAGAGCUGGGCGCGGCGCAGGCGGAGCUGGAGCGGCUGCGCCAGGCCACGGCCGCGCUGCGCGACUUCUACUGCGAGGACGAGGCGCUGUUCUGCCUGCAGGAGGUGUGUGCCGUGCUGCACGCCUUCGGGGGGCGCUUCCGGACGGCCGUGCAG